AUUUAGAUUGCACACACAUUGUAUUGGUCGGUUGCGAGUUUCUUCCUGUUGGGAAACAGAAUCAGUGAGUGAUUGACUGAGGAAUAUUGUUAUUUCUCAGCUGACACGCCUGACAGAAUGUGCUGCUUACUUUGGCUGUCCCUUGUACUGAGUUACUUGAUAGAAGUUAACAAGGGCCAAGAGAAAAUGGAAGUUUACCGUGCCUCUGGGAGCUCCAUGUUCUUCCCCGGAGUGCCUGAAGAUGACCGGGAUCUGGCAAAGUUUUUCCAAUGGGAGGUCUGCAGGGGAAAUGCAGAGAAUGAAACCACAACAGGAGUGGUGCAGUUUCAUGCAGGGGAUACGAAACCUUCCUUAUUGAAAAAGUACAUCGGUCGCCUUGACUUCUUCCCAUCUAAUGGAUCCUUUGUCCUUCAAAAUUUAACUUCUUCAGAUGAGGGUCUUUAUAUGCUUUUCAUUAAUCUACGAAAAGUCACUGCCCAAACUGUGCGGCUACAGAUAACAGAUCAGCUGUCGAAAGCUUCGAUAUUAAGCAACUCCAGCUCCCUCGCUUCCACCAUCAGUCUGACCUGUGAUGUUUCUGGAAAACCUCAUGGGUAUCAAUGGCAGAAAGAUGGAAAGGAAAUCUCUCGGCCUCACCAGCUAAUGAACAGGAACAGAAGCCUCAUCAUCCCGAGCGCUAGGAAAGGUGAUUGUGGGACCUACACCUGCAUCGCAAUCAACCCCGUCAGCUUUACACAGGCAGAUUACACACUAACUAUUUAUGGCAUUCCACCAGAGCAGAUUGUAAUCAUUGUUGCAUCGUUUGCAGGACUGAUACUUUCUUUAGUGCCUUUUAUUGGAUUAAUUCGUCUGUGCUGGUUUAAGAGAAAUACCAGGCAAGCGUCUUUGAGACAAUAUAAACUUUUGUUUCUGAGCCUGUUCAGUAGUAACAUUUUGUCUCUUGUUGCCAUCUUCACUGCCCUCGCUUUUUGGAUUGUGCUUAAAGGUGCUGCCCCCAUGUCUGUGGUUGCCAUAUGCUUUGUGGCCAUUCUGUUAAUUUUUGCUGUGACUGCAAGUAUCGCUAUUUGGAAUCCGGACUCUAUUAGAAGAUUCCUGGGAAACACAAGUUUUCGAGCUUCACUUGACGUAAGCGGCAUUAUAUGUUCCUUUAUCGUGAUCGCCAUCUCAGUUGUAAUCCUAGCAGAAGAGAUCCAGCAAAACAAUCAAGGUUGCCAUGUUAUCAUUUUGGCCUGGAGUACACUGGCCCCAUUAAUGGUGCUCCUUGUUAUAAUCUUUUCAGUGUACUUUGUAAUAUGGCGCUGUGGAGAUGGUGCCAGAAGUCAAGGAGAACAGCAGGGUGGUAGAGAAUUGCAGAGCCUGAAUGGCAUCAAUGCAGAUCAGGAACCUGAACCUGAAUACUUACAGCGCUCUUAGAGAGGACACAUCGGCAGUCAUUUUCUGACUUGUCACUGCCAGCGAAAAGCUUCUGCCUUCUAAAAGGGUAAAUUGGAAUUGUGUCUCUAUUCCUCAGCUAUGGACUGACUGGAUCCUCUCAUUUUGAAGACUUCAGUGUUACAACCUUGCUGCCUGAUUUCAGACUAUGUUUCUUUCAGGACACUGUUCUCAACCAUUGUAUUAAACACAAACCUCUGGUACAAGGAACAGCCACAUCAGACUUUGAGCAUCUUGGCAGGGAAACCCCUCCAUGAAGUGGGGCCAGUGGCAUCCCCUUAACAUUAAGCUUGAUUUUGCUCAGAUUGGCGAACGAAUGGAGCCAGUUGUUUAUUAAAGUUGCACUUGCUCAUUGACAUUCUAUGGGGUUUUGCAAGAUGUGUUGCUGUCAAGGGGACAUCCAAAUGAUACUCCAAUCUCUGCUUUGCAAGCAUUUAUAUGUCUCCUUAACCAAUCAGGUUGAAUAUUUGUGUAUCUGAAACUGGAGAAAUGAGUUGGAAUAUUGAGUUUAAUGUCAAACCACAUAAAAAAGCCAAGUAAGGAGAGGGCAAAAAAUAUUGGAUUAAGGCAGGGAACAAUAAACAAGCCAAAACACAAGUGAGAAGAAAAAUAUUCACAGAUUUUAAAAACUCCAAAAAUAAUUAAAAUCUGAAGGAAAGACUCCACACUCACUAAAGUUGAUUUUCAGUGCUGGAGAGGGUGUCUGGUCAUAAUGAAGACUUCCCAUACUGUUAAAGGAAUAAUUGAACUGGGAUGACAUGUCUUAACAUUUGAUGAUGCAUUUCAUCCAGACCUACAACAUCAGUACAGGAAAUUCAGACUGUGCAAUGCAUUUGAAUAGGGAACCAGAUGUGAGAUGCCAUUUUUGCACAAUUUGGGAAGGAGGCAGCCACAGACAGCAACACCUACAUUUCUGCAUUUGACCAUGCAUCUUCAUUCACUGUUUGCCGUUAGCCUCGCCGUUAUGUUUAUAGUAAAAUCUGGCCCAAUAUGUUUACAGCUUUGCUAAACUGCACAAUUUCCAGAAUGAGAUGCCCCACUAUU